UAGGAUUUACUUCCUUGUUACGUGGACAAGACAGACACUCCCCUGCACGUUCUUCACGUCUUACCAGAGUCUCCUUCUUCAUGUUCUUGGAAUCUGAAAUGCUUGUAUCGAACAAACUACAGCUUUUGAAGGAUGGAAACUGAUGACAACGUGCCACAAGAUGGCGCUGUGGCUAGACCUUUCACAGAUAAUGUAGCUGCCACAGAGGGAAGUCAGCAACAGGGGAGACAACUCAAUACAUCAACACAAGAUGGUGCUGUGACUAGACCUUACACAGAUACUGUAGCUGCCACAGAGGGAAGUCAGCAGCAGGGGAGACAACUCACAACAGCAUCAACACAAGAUGGCGCUGUGGUCGGAUCUUCCACUGAUACUGUAGAUGUUGCAGAAGGAAGUCAGCAACAGGGGAGACAACUCAAUACAUCAACAAAAGAUGGUGCUGUGGCUAGACCUUACACAGAUACUGUAGCUGCCACAGAGGGAAGUCAGCAACAGGGGAGACAACUCACUACAACAUCAACACAAGAUGGCGCUGUGGCUAGACCUUUCACAGAUACUGUAGCUGCCACAGAGGGAAGUCAGCAGCAGGGGAGACAACUCAAUACAUCAACACCAGAUGGUGCUGUGACUAGACUGUACACAGAUACUGCAGCUACCACAGAGGGAAGUCAGCAACAAGGGAGACAACUCACUACAGCAUCAACACAAGAUGGCGCUGUGGCUAGGCCUUUCACAGAUACCUUAGCUGCCACAGAGGGAAGUCAGCCGCAGGGGAGACAACUCAAUACAACAUCAAAACAAGAUGACUCUGUGGCUAGGCCUUCCACAGAUACUGUAGCUGCCACAGAGGGAAGUCAGCAGCAGGGGAGACAACCCACUACAACAUCAACACAAGAUGGCGCUGUGGCUAGACCUUACACAGAAACUGUAGCUGCCACAGAGGGAAGUCAGCAGCAGGGGAGACAACUCACAACAACAUCAACACAAGAUGGCGCUGUGGUCGGAUCUUCCACUGAUACUGUAGAUGUUGCAGAAGGAAGUCAGCAACAGGGGAGACAACUCAAUACAUCAACACAAGAUGGUGCUGUGGCUAGACCUUACACAGAUACUGUAGCUGCCACAGAGGGAAGUCAGCAACAGGGGAGACAACUCACUACAACAUCAACUCAAGAUGGCGCUGUGGUCGGAUCUUCCACUGAUACUGUAGAUGUUGCAGAAGGAAGUCAGCAACAGGGGAGACAACUCAAUACAUCAACACAAGAUGGUGCUGUGGCUGGACCUUACACAGAUACUGUAGCUGCCACAGAGGGAAGUCAGCAGCAGGGGAGACAACUCAAUACAUCAACACCAGAUGGCGCUGUGGCUAGGCCUUACACAGAAACUGUAGCUGCCACAGAGGAAAGUCAGCAACAGGGGAGACAACUCACUACAACAUCAACUCAAGAUGGCGCUGUGGUCGGACCUUCCACUUACACUGUAGAUGUUGCAGAAGGAAGUCAGCAGCAGGGGAGACAACUCACAACAACAACAUCAACACAAGAUGGUGCUGUGACUAGACCUUACACAGAUUAUGUAGCUGCCACAGAGGGAAGUCAGCAGCAGGGGAGACAACUCAAUACAUCAACACCAGAUGGUGCUGUGGCUAGGCCUUACACAGAAACUGUAGCUGCCACAGAGGGAAGUCAGCAGCAGGGGGCACAGUCCAUUUCCACAACCACCCACAACUACUUUGGUUCUACAGUUUCACAUUAUGACCUGUCCAACUCCUCUAACGUGGCAAUGGGGGAUGGCAGACAUAAAGGCUGUAUAUCUCAAGAGUGUCUCAGUGUUAGGAUCAACCAGCUCAGUGAUAUGUUUGUGGAAACCCAUGCUCUUGACAAAGCAAAAGAACUUCUGAAAAGGCACAACCACGUGGCCAUCUGCGGAGCCCCCGGAGACGGGAAAACUAGUGCUGCUCUCGGGAUCUGUGAAGCGUAUAUGAAGAAAAAGUAUCAAGUAUUGUUUGUUGAAAGUAUUGAAGAGUUUGACAGUGAUGUCGUCAUUAAGCGAAAGUGUGACAUGCUGCUUGUGUUUGACGAUGUCUUUGGCUCUGUUGCAUUUCCAAGCAGCUUGGAGAAGAUACACAAAAUGUUCAAUGCCUUGGUUGAUGCUUUACUGCGCUUUACAAGAGACAAGGAACUGAAAGCCAAGGAAAAACAACCCCAGAAGAAAAUUAACGAAAGAAAGAAGAAGGAAUAUGAGAUGCAAUGUGAAGAUGAAAAGACACAAGUGUGUAACUACAAGCUUCGCUUUAUAUUCACAUCCAGAAGCUACAACUGGAAUGAAGGAUGUGCAAGAUUACAUCAAUUCAAAGUAAAUCUGUUUAAGCCUGAAACCAUUGUUGAUAUGAUCAAGACUUGUUUAACCACAGAAGAAAAGAAACAUAUUCUGACAUUGUUCAGGAAAUGCCAAAUGUGCGAUAUCUCCAAUAAGGACAUGAAAACCAUUACUCAGUUACAAGACAGCAGCUUUGGCUUUCCUCUGAUCUGUAAACUGUACUGUACAAACCCAGCCUUCCAGAUGUACAACAUAAUUGACUUCUUUCAGAAACCUGUGACCUACCUGAGAGGUGACCUUGACACCAUUGUCCGUGAAGGCAGCAGCAGGUCGGCAGCUCUGGUUCUCCUCGUCCUGUGUGGAGGGAAAUUGAACCUUGCCUCUUUUAAGGGGAAGGAGAAGAGUCUCGCUGAUCUGUUUCAGGCUGUAAAGGAGGAUGUCGCGUCUUGCACUCGGACAGACAUUGGCAGGGAGAUCAGCAACUUUACUGGCACCUACUGUACGGUGGAGAAUCAUGUAGCCUCCUUCUCUCAUCCAUCCAUCUAUGAUGCUGCAGCAUGUGCCUUGGGGAAUCUCAAUGAAGAUCUGUUACUGGAACAUUGUUCCCUGCAGUUUUUAUAUGAGAGAGUGAGGCUGAACAAGGCUGAUCACCUAAAGACAACCCACACUGAUGAUGUCACAAAUAUGAUCUGCAUCACCUCAAGUCUACACCCGUUAGUGAUCAGCAGAUUGGUGGAGGGUGUCCGAGAAGGAUGCUUCAGAUGGACAGUAGGCCACCCUGUAUUCAGAAGUGCUCAAAUAGUCUCCGACUUCUUGACACAGAUGACGGCAGACUUGCCAGGUGUUGUUCACAGGAAGGAUAAGAGCUCAGGUGAAUGUUUUCUGUAUUGGGUUUCACUGUCAACUAACCAUUCACUGUUUGAACACACAGUGUCACUGAUGUGUAGAGAGAGAAGCCUUUCACAUUCUGUACUCGCUGACUUCUAUGAGAGUAUCAUAGGCUGUACACAACAUGGCAAUCUUAGGCAUCUUAAACAUAUUGCUGCUGUACUCAAACAACAAGGGGAAUACGAUGUAGACAGGAGGACAGUGGGAGAGAAGACUCUGCUGAUGAUUGCUGCUGAGGCAGGACAUUUGGGUGUGUUCAACUUCCUCCUCCAAGAGGGAGCUGAUGUUUCAGCGACGGAGAAAGAUCGUUACAACUGUCUUCAUCUUUCAUGUAAAACAGGAAGCAAAGAUAUAGUAAAUGUUAUCAUUGAGAAGUUUCAACACCUCAUCAAUGACCGCAAUGGUGAGGGAAACACCCCUGUUAUGGUGUGUGCUGAGUCAGGGCAGGUUGAAAUCCUCAAGUUCCUUCUUUCACACCAAGCAGAUCUUACUCUCGUGAACGAUGACAAGCUAAACGCUUUCCACAUAGCAUGUAUCAACGACUAUGUAUCGGUUGUAGAGUAUCUGCUGACAUGUGAACACAUAACCAUAGACAUGCGAGGAGGAUGGCAGCAUCAAACAGCAGUCAUGAUGGCAGCUGAAGGAGGACAGUAUGAUGUUUAUAAUCUGCUUGUGUUGGAUGGAGCUGAUCUGUCACUAACUGAUGGAAACAACACUGACUGUCUGAUGUUGGCAUGUUGUGGAGGUAACGUGUCUAUAGUGAAACACCUCCUGUCCUUGAAAACAUUUGACAUCAACAGACGUGGGUGGUGGCAACGAACAGCAGUAAUGAUGGCAGCUGAAAGUGGACACUCUGAUAUUUAUAAUCUUCUUGUGUUGGAGGGAGCUGAUCUGUCACACAUCGACUGCCUGAUGAUGGCAUGUGAGGGAGGUAACAUGUCUAUAGUGAAACACCUCCUGUCCUUGAAAACAUUUGACAUCAACAGACGUGGGUGGUGGCAACGAACAGCAGUUAUGAUGGCAGCUGAAAGAGGACACUCUGAUAUUUAUAAUCUUCUUGUGUUGGAGGGAGCUGAUCUGUCACUUACUGAUAGAAACAACAAGGACUGCCUGAUGUUGGCAUGUGAGGGAGGCUACGUGUCUAUAGUGAAACACCUCCUGUCCUUGAAAACAUUUGACAUCAACAGACGAUGGGGGUCAUGGAAACAAACAGCUGUUAUGAUGGCAGCUGAAAGAGGACACUAUGAAGUUUUAGAUCUUCUUGUGUUGGAGGGAGCUGAUCUGUCACUUACUGAUAGAAACAACAAGGACUGCCUGAUGUUGGCAUUUGAGGGAGGUAACUUGUCUAUAAUGAAACACCUCCUGUCCUUGAAAACAUUUGACAUCAACAGACGAUGGGGGUCAUGGAAACAAACAGCUGUUAUGAUGGCAGCUGAAAGAGGACACUAUGAUGUUUAUGAUCUUCUUGUGUUCGAGGGAGCUGAUCUGUCACUUACUGAUGAAGACAACAGGGACUGCCUGAUGUUGGCAUGUAAUGGAGGUAAUGUGUCUAUAGUGAAACAUCUCCUGUCCUUGAAAACAUGUGACAUCAACAGACAAGAGAAGUGGUGGGACCACACAGCAGUUAUGAUGGCAGCUGAAAGAGGACACUCUGAUGUUUAUAAUCUUCUUGUGAUGGAUGGAGCUGAUCUGUCACUAACUGAUGCAGACAACAGGGACUGCCUGAUGUUGGCAUGUAAGGGAGGUAAUGUGUCUAUAGUGAAGCACCUCCUGUCCAUGAAAACAUUUGACAUCAACAGACGAGGGGUGUUAGAGGAACAAACAGCAGUCAUGAUGGCAGCUCGAGGAGGACACGCUGAUGUUUAUGAUCUUCUUGUGUUGGAGGGAGCUGAUCUGUCACUUGCUGGUGAAUACAACAGUGACUGCCUGAGGUUGGCAUGUUAUGGGGGUAACGUGUCAAUUGUGAAACACCUCCUGUCCUUGAAAACAUUUGACAUCAACAGAAGAGCGGGGUUGUGGAAUCAAACAGCAGUUAUGAUGGCAGCUGAAAGAGGACACAAUGAUGUUUAUAAUCUUCUUGUGUUGGAGGGAGCUGAACUGUCACUAACUGAUAAAUACAACAUGGACUGCCUGAUAUUGGCAUGUUAUCGGGGUAACGUGUCUAUAGUGAAACACCUCCUGUCCUUGAAAACAUUUGAUAUCAACAGACGAGGGGGGUUACAGAAACAAACAGCAGUUAUGAUUGCAGCUGAAAGAGGACACAAUGAUGUUUAUAAUCUUCUUGUGUUGGAGGGAGCUGAUCUGUCACUAACUGAUGAAAACAACAGUGACUGCCUGAUGUCGGCAUGUGAGGGAGGUAACAUGUCUCUAGCGAAACACCUCCUGUCCUUGAAAACGUUUGACAUCAACAGACGAGGGGGGUCACAGAAACAAUCAGCAGUUAUGAUGGCAGCUGUAAGAGGACAGUAUAAUGUUUUUAAUCUUCUUGUGUUGGAGGGAGCUGAUCUGUCACUUACUGAUAGAGACAACAAGGACUGCCUGAUGUUGGCAAGUGAGAGGGGUAACGUGUCUAUAGUGAAACACCUCCUGUCCUUGAAAACAUUUGACAUCAACAGACGAGGGGGGUCACAGAAACAAACAGCAGUUAUGAUGGCAGCUGUAAGAGGACAGUAUGAUGUUUAUGAUCUUCUUGUGUUGGAGGGAGCUGAUCUGUCACUAACUGAUGGAAACAACAAGGACUGCCUGAUGUCGGCAUGUGAGGGAGGUGACGUGUAUAUAGUGAAACACCUCCUGUCCUUGAAAACAUUUGACAUCAACAGACGAGGGGGGUCACAGAAACAAACAGCAGUUAUGAUGGCAGCUGAAAGAGGACAGUAUGAUGUUUAUGAUCUUCUUGUGUUGGAGGGAGCGGAUCUGUCACUAACUGAUGAAGACAACAAUGAAUGUGGAGAUGUGAGGGAAGCAGCGUGUCCAUAGUGAAUCACCUCCUUUGGUUGAAACGUCUGGUCGAGGCGAAUGAAAAUUCAGGCAUAAAAAGAACGAGUACAUUACUGAGUGAGUCAGUUUGACAAGGACCCAGUCACGGGAAUAAACACUAAGGUUUUUUACAUGGUACCGGAGUCUGGAGUGCAAUAAUCACUACCUAAGACAUAAAAGAAACAAGCCAUGGUUUUGGACAGAAUGUGUUUUAAAGACAUAUAUUUUCGUAAAAUAUACGCGUGUGUCUUUGUAAUCAUGAAGGAUACUAAACCAUCCGUAACCAUGAAGAUUCGUACCCAACGAAAAUGGCUAACGCGUAACAAAAAGUCUCGCCAGAUUCGUAUCUGUUUUGGUGGUGUCAUGUUUUAUUUGGUUUGCCCGUACCCUAAUUUGAAGGAUCGGUAUCCAGAUUGGGAUUGCCCGUACCCAUUUAGGUUUUUAAAGCAAAAUGCCCAAAACUGGAUUGCUUUAACAGGUACAGAGCAAGAAAACGUGUUUCUAAUCAUUUAUUCAACAGUAAAUUCUCAUAUAUUCUGACCUGCACUUUCAUAGCAAUCUGUUCAUUGCACUAUUACAUUUCCCAUAUUCAUUCUUUUUACAUUUCAAGCAUUGACCCUGUAUACGUUUCUGAACUUUAUUCAUUAUACAAUACAAACAUUCAUACAUUUUACAUUUGAAAAUUCAUUCAUUUAAAAUUUCAAAAAUUCAUUCAUUCAUUGGUGAAUGAACAAUCAACCAAUUCACUCGAUCAAUGUCCGUUUUUGAACUCAAGUGGACUUACUUGCUCAACUCAAUCAAUGUCUGUGGUUUAUCUUCAAGUGGCUUUGAUUGCUCAACUCAAUCAGUGUCCGUGGUUUGUCUUCAAGUGGCCUUACUUGCUCAACUCAAUCAAUAUCUGUGGUUUGUCUUCAAGUGGCUUUGAUUGCUCAACUCAAUCAGUGUCCGUUUUUGUCCUCAAGUGGCCUUACUUGCUCAACUCAAUCAAUAUCUGUGGUUUGUCUUCAAGUGGCUUUGAUUGCUCAACUCAAUCAGUGUCCGUUUUUGUCCUCAAGUGGCCUUACUUGCUCAACUCAAUCAAUGUCUGUGGUUUGUCUUCAAGUGGCUUUAAUUGCUCAACUCAAUCAGUGUCCGUGGUUUGUCUUCAAGUGGCCUUACUUGCUCAACUCAAUCAGUGUCCGUGGUUUGUCUUCAAGUGGCCUUACUUGCUCAACUCAAUCAGUGUCCGUGGUUUGUCUUCAAGUGGCCUUACUUGCUCAACUCAAUCAAUGUCCGUGGUUUGUCUUCAAGUGGCCUUACUUGCUCAACUCAAUCAGUGUCCGUGGUUUGUCUUCAAGUGGCCUUACUUGCUCAACUCAAUCAAUGUCUCUGGUUUGUCUUCAAGUGGCCUUACUUGCUCAACUCAAUCAGUGUCCGUGGUUUGUCUUCAAGUGGCCUUACUUGCUCAACUCAAUCAGUGUCCGUGGUUUGUCUUCAAGUGGCCUUACUUGCUCAACUCAAUCAGUGUCCGUGGUUUGUCUUCAAGUGGCCUUACUUGCUCAACUCAAUCAAUGUCUGAGGUUUGUCUUCAAGUGGCCUUAAUUGCUCAACUCAAUCAGUGUCCGUGGUUUGUCUUCAAGUGGCCUUACUUGCUCAACUCAAUCAAUGUCUGAGGUUUGUCUUCAAGUGGCCUUAAUUGCUCAACUCAAUCAAUGUCUGAGGUUUGUCUUCGAGUGGCUUUAACUGCUCAACUCAAUCAAUGUCUGAGGUUUGCCUUCAAGUGGCCUUAAUUGCUCAACUCAAUCAAUGUCUGUGGUUUGUGAUAUUAGUCCUCAAGUGGCCUCGUCACCUAGAGAGUUGCAGUCUGAAAGCUGAUAUCUCUCUCUGCUGGUAUUUAUACCAGCUUCUGAAACGUUUGCCUUGGUGUGACAAAUCAUGUGUAGUUUCAUUGGGUACAGAUUCGCCUUUUGGGGGUAGGAGUCAUGCAGUUGAUUAGGAGCAAGUUGGUACGAGUUCUCCAACACUUGGGUACGAGUCAUCCAGUUGAUUAGGAACGAGUGGGUACUGACGCUAUGUUGAUGUAACAUAUUGUAAAUUUAAUUAAUGUGGUUUAAAUUUAUUGAUUGAUGUAUGUCAUGUUACCAUGUGGUUAUAUCUGUUCAAUCUUUGGAUGUAUUUUAAUGAUGACAGCGAUGAUGGUCAGGGACUAUUUCUUGUCUACACUCUUGCAUCAUGGCUAUUUUUAGAAUGUAAGUUGACAUUUUGCCUUGAUAAACAAAUACCUAAUACACUAGUUAUUGAAGAUUUCCCGAUUCAUUUCUUCCUCUAGGAUGUUUUAAAGUAUAUUUCACAUUGGAUAUUAAUGGUAAUUAAACUUGAUUGCACCGAAUGACUUUUCCAUCCGCUGUUUUUCAUUUCUAAGGUUUCGGUGACCUGUCAAUUAUGUUUAUGUUUGGCAUAAUGACUGUUAAUAACUUGGAUGUCCGUUUUCAUAUCAAAGUCAUAGAUUCAUGAUAAAGUAGUUUCCUGUUGUCUACACUGUACAUGCAUUAUUCAGACACAUAGGCACACAAUGUAUACGUUCCUGUAUCUCUUGCAUUUGUACCUGUAAUAUGGUAUUCGUUCCCUGGUUUGACAUACAUUGCCGACAAUUCAAGGCAAUAUUGACAAUAUGUUUGUCCGUUUUUUUCAGUUAGCAUUUGAUAAGUAUUUUAGUCCAUCUUGUUACUGUCUGAAAAAUUAAAGGACAUAUAGGAGAACAUCAAUGCCUGAAAUGAGGGUUUAUUUGUCGCUUGCUCUGAACCGUGCUUGUCCUUAAUUUUGUAUUAUCAGAUAUCAGCUCAAAUCAGUUUGUUUAUCAUGUUUGAUCUAUUUGGUUGGUUGGUUGGUUGUUUAACGUCGCACUCAGCAAUAUUCCAUAUGUUUGACGGCGGUCUGUAAAUAAUCGAGUCUGGAACAGACAAUCCAAUGAUUGAUAUCAUGAGCAUCGAUCCACGCAAUUGCCGUUCUAUUCGGACACUUUGUACAUCAUGAGGACGGUACCAAUUGAUAAAAGCAACUGAUCGUUUUGUAAAUUACACUUGUUAUUGAGUUAAUCCAUCGUCCAAGAUGGCAGCCACUGACGCUAUCUUGGUGGAAAUUAUUGUGAAUUUAAUUAUAAGAAAUAAAACAUUAAAGUAAAUAAUAAGAUUUCAGCAUCAUAGAUAGUUACAUUGUAACAUUUUCAUUGUUGAUAGCAAUGUUUAUCCAUCACUGAAUGUUCGUAGCACUUGUCAGACAUGACCUAAUUACCACUGUGCAUCACUACAAUAUUUACAUCCAUGAGUAAUCUACCGACUGAUGAUAUAUGCAUUAUUAUCGUACAGGUUGAUGUAUGUGUUACCUCUAAUAAAUUCUCUUGAUGUCCU